CUAUUGCUACGGCCCCUACACACGUACUCAACUGUAAACUUACAAUGUAUAGCGGCUUAAUAUCUUAGUAAAAACUUUGCCAGAUGUGUGUCAGAUGUAAAUACCUUUUUAGCACAUUUUUUAGCCAGACUGAUUAAGCAUGAUCUUUUUUCUUUUUACUGGAAAUUCCGUUUCAGUACUGUAAUACCAUGGCUCGACUCGCUGCGUUAAUUUGGCCCUGCUCCAGACACAAUUGAUUACUGAAAAAAAUAAGAAUAGAUGCAUGGCAUCACCCUUUAGAAAUCAGGACAAAAUUGUAUGAUGGAAGACCUAAAGAAAAGAUUGGAAUUUGAGAAUAUUACAGUGCAGCAGCAGGCAGUUUGCAGACUUUUGAAAGAAGUUACCAACAAGCAGAAAAACCAGCCUGCUGUAACAUCUUCUACAGCCUCUGUCCCUGAGCUUGACUUACUAUGGCAGUAUAUUGGCGAGGGAAGCCCUGCUGUCUCCCUGGCGUGUGUGGAGGCGGUGGUGUCCCUGGUGCAGUCAGGAGUGGCGGACUUUGCCUAUGUUCUCAACCAGUUUCUUAAUCUUACACCAUCUACUAGAUGCCCCCAGAGUAUUGUGGAGGGAAUUACACAACUGAUGCUGUUACAGUUACAAUUAGAGAUUGAAAAACAAGCCAAGUAUACAUGUUCCUAUUCUGUCAGGAGCCCACCACACCCUUAUAUUACUGUAUUGACCAACCGCCCAGAGAGCUGGCCUCUACUCCAGACCAAGGUUUCACAUGUACUUCUUCACCAGGUGGACAGCAUAAGGCAGAAUGGAUUAACCUUACUCGUACCAUUCUUCAAGCAUGUUUUCCUCUCCCCUACGGUCAGUGAGAGGAGCGGUCAGUGGAAGUCCAGACUGUUGACCACUCUGUUACACGUGUGUGGACAGCUGGCAGAAGAAGAUGCAAUACAUCUGUACCUGUUUCUCAGGGAUAUUGUGCCAUGUCUUCUGAUAUACCCUCUCUCCCAACAAGAAGAAACACUGGAAUAUCUGACCACCUUGGCCUGGCACAUAGAUACAAAUGCUCCGCCCACUGUUGUCCAGAGUGUCCUGCCAGUGGUCACCUCCCACCUGGUCACUUUGUGUGGCCAUCUCAUAACAUCUGGACUGGACGUCUCAGCAUGUCUUCGGCUACUGAUAAGAGUUGUUCAGAGACACCCUGAGGUGUUCCAUAACACUGGAGUGGUGCUUGCUUUGUUCUCUCUUAUUGGAAGUACUCCUCAACUGUAUAUUGCUGAGGUGCUAAAAUUAGGGGUCCAUGUGCUGACCAGUGGCUAUAAUCUACCACCUUUGGUCAGUGGUAUGCUGGUCAUUCCUCUGGUUCAAGUCUUGGCCACCUGGACCUCUUUGUCCAUCAGAAAGUCCACUGAGGUCCUGCAUCUGACUGGUCAACUACUGGAGUGGCUGGAAAAGUGCAAUGAGAAGGGAAAGACAAAUUUUGAGACAGUGUCUCUGCCAUCUUUGGGGUUGACACCAGAUUAUUAUAUCAACCAGAUGUUUUUGUCUCAAGCAGCACAUCUCUAUAAUAACCCUUCCCUAGAUCUCUGGAUAGAAAACACCAGCUCUUUCAACAUGGGAAGGAAAGUCGCAAAGUCUACAACUUGGUUGGUGGGAGCAAUUUUGAUGAGCCCACAAAUUGAGACUGGUAUUAAAGUCAAGGCUUUGGCAACUUUGGUCACUAUUGCAAAAAAGGACCAUACACAAGCUCCUGAUAUGCUGCCCGUUUUUUUGUAUUGUCUGGGAAAAGAAAAGAGUCCCGUGGUGACCAUGAGUGUUUUAAAUGCCAUACCAAAUGUGACGACUCAUAAACUGUGUGUCCCCGCAGUACUGAAAACCUUGCAGGUACUCAGCAAUACCCCACAGCUAAAGCCCACCUCCAUUUGCUUGAUGACCAACCUUUGGCAGAUUCAGCCCAGAUGUUUUCCCUAUCUUCAAGCUCUGCUCACUGAUGACGACCAGGGGACAAUGUCCAGAGAGACGGGACAGAACGAACUGAUUAUCAGCAAAGCAGCUGCUAUAAAAGAUGUCUGCCGGGAAAGACCAGACCAUCAUGGGGCAGAUCUCCUCCCAGUACUGUCCCAGCUGUUAACUAGCUGCUCUACAGAGGGCGAUGCUGUCCCUGCUGGCCUGGCUCUGGAAGGGCUGUAUGCGCUGUGUGAAGCUGAGGUCACUGAUAUAAGAACAGUUUGGAAUGUUUUGUCUUCAAAGUUGGCCAAUGAUAAAAGACCCCUGGUCCUCUGCAAGCUGUGUGACCUCUUCUCUCUGGUUCCACAGUUAGAAGUUGACACACCUGAAUAUCAGGUAUUUUCCAAGUCUGUGGUCAGUCUGCUGUGGUCACUGACAGGGCACUCAGAUUUUAAAGUGGCCAAGGCUGCAUAUGAUGCACUGUCUGCCUUUCCUAAUGAAGCGUUCACCAUUGAGGUUCUCCCUCAAGAGAUAACAGAGGGUCUUAAGUCAGAGCAGGCUGAUGGUGACAGUGCCGCCUCUAGAGGGCAGGAACAACAAGAGGAGAUGGUGUCCAUACCAGGAGAAUGCUUCGUUAAGUUGCUGAAGGGAAUGAAGCCAGAAAAUGUUUAUGCUUACCAGUCAUUCCUGUCAGUUCUAAUAGAAAAAGAGGUGGAAGGCAUUCCAAGGAGAACAUUUUACAUGGCAGAUAAGAUGCAGCGUCCCAGUGGCAGCUCUGCCAAAGCUUUGCUUGGUAUCCCAGCGUUCCUCCUCCAGCAAUACGAGACCAAUAAGCAGCCUGGACUACGAGCUGGAUUGGCAACAAGCCUUUUAAGUGCCUUUGAUCCUCAAGUAGACGUGGGACGAGAUGGCAAACCAAAGAGACAUGAUCUUAUCACACACGGCCGCACGUACCAGAUGAUGCUGACUGGACUACUACAGGAGGUCCCUGUCCAGCAUACUGACUGGCACAGGGCUGUGAUGCUGCCCAAAGCUUGGCUGGGCUUUAUGAACAGAGUCUACAUGGCUUGUUUAGAGGGUAGACAGGCAGAGCUGGAACUUCAAUGGCAGCAUGGUCAUGCAGACGAAAGUGCAGAAGACAAGGAGACCAAGAUGGCUGCUGUGUGGUUGUGGGUUCGUGACAGUUUGACAGAUAUCUUGAAAAAGACCUCCAGAGGGUCCCCCACGGCUCAGGGCAAUGCACUCCUGGCCCUCAGUGCCCUGGCGGUGACAGUCACCAAGUAUGCAUCACACCUGGAUGACAGUGUCCUGAAACUGUGUGACAAAGAGUCCCAGCACAUCCAGCAGUCUCACUGGCUCCAUAAUGUCACCAGCACUGUGAUGACUGUGGUGGACACCAAGUACAAGGCCAAAGGGAGAGUAUUUUGGGGGAAACAGAUAAGCACAGGUGACUCCACAUCCACAUCCACAUCCAGCUUCCUGGCCCGAUCUUGUGGCUGCCUGGCCCUGUCCAUGCUUGUCCCUGUCAUUGUCACCAAGAGUUUAGAUCUGGUGACCCAGGUGAUCCAGACCCUGAUGGUAGGACUGCCAGGUGGAGCAGGGGCAGAGGAGUCAGCCAUGUUUCAGUUCCACUGUGGUCUGGGGCUGGGCAUGACGCUGGCCAGGCUAGUGGAGGAACGCUUUGAUGACAUGGCCGGAACAGAGGGCAUGAUAGUAGUGUGGAGAGCACUGGAUGAACUGGAAAGAAGCUGCCUGGAUCCUGCUGUGCAAAACUGGACUGGGAGUCUCCUGGGAAUAGGACAAGCCAUCAGUGCAUUGUGUUCAGAUGGGAAGGCAGAGUCCAGGGCCAAAGUUUCCUAUACAUUUGAUGUCCUCAAAGAUGCUCUUGUAGAAAUGGAGGCUUCCACUGAAAAAUACCAGGCCUUGGCUGUAUCUCUGGCCUACAUCAGUGCAGCAGGCUACAGUUCUGCCAUCUUGGAUGUGCCUAGGGUGACAGAAGUGAUGGAAAGGCUCAGUAAAUUGGCCAUGGAAACACCCCAGAGUAUUGGGUUGUCAUUGGCAUCAGCUCUCCUUGCUUAUAGCCUGCAGCAGUUGGAUUUUCCUGGGGUAGAGAAAUUCUCAGAGGAUCUCAAAAUUACCUGGACUAAUGUUCUUGAUAAAACUGAAGCUCCAGUUUCUAAACAGAUUGCAGCCAUUAGUGCUUUGCUUACUUUGUGUGGAUCUGAGUCAUCAACGGUGAAUCUGGGUUCAUCUCAGACUGGAAGUUCUAAAAGAACUCUGGACUUAAACAUGAACCAUGUCAUUAAGAUUGCAACCACCCUUUACUCAUCAAGUACAGAUUUUUCCCUGCAAAGUCACAUAGCUUGCCAGCUAGGGGCUCUCUACUUGUCCUCCACGGGGUCCACAGACACUGCCACAAGUGUCCCAUCCAACUAUAGCUACUUCCCAGAGACCAGCAUAUUGAGACCCCUGGUGGAUCUGCUGUUAGAAGCUGGAAAAUUUGCUACCAUAGCACCUGAGGCAGUGAUAGUUUCUCUACAAAGUUUACUGGAAGGUUCCAAGAGAGUGCUGCCCCCUAUCAACUGGCCAGGAAUACUGUCCCCACUGAUGAGACUGCCAGAUGAUACUGUAAAGAGUCUUUGCCUAAAAGUGGCUGCCUCCCAGUGUGGUACAUCUUCCAAUGCAGCAUUGUUUCUGACUGCCUGGUCUACAAGUCCUCUUUAUGAUACCCUGCCUGUUCCUGUCAGAGCAACCCUCUACCAGUGCCUACCUGAGUUAAGUAAAGGUGCCUCAGUGACCAAACUGCAGCAGGUGUUAGACAAGGUAUUCAAGGAGCCAUUCCACACAGACAGUGCUGGUACUGAGGGCUGUGUCAUGGUACUGCAGGGACUGAGGAAAGCUCUCAGCAUGGACCAUCCACCUGCUGUCAACCUCCUGCUGUAUCAGUUGCUAGAGUAUGUGUAUGGUUGUGUGGAUAACAAUGAGAUAGCAAUAUGGUGUCAUGUUUGUGAAUGUCUCCAAAAUGUCCCUGAUGCACUAUUUGACAAGAUCACAUCACAUGACCUAGAGGUGUCGUCUGCUGCUGGGUUUCUUAAGGGAGUGUUUGUAAGAUGUGUCAUGGUGGCUUGGGGUCACCAGCCAUUAACCCUAAUCAACAGCUGCGUGGAUGCCGUGCUAACGGCUGUUGAAAGCUGUGUCCCUGCAGCUCUGAGCAUGCUGGCCUGGUGUCUGUGGCACUGUGUGGACAGUGUUGGGGCACCACAGAGACUACACUGGCUGCUGGAGUACAUGGGCCACAUGAAGACCCUGAUCAUCAAGUGGUCACAACAGACAGGAGAAGAAGACAGAGACCAGUUCAAUGAGGCUGUGAGACGUUGUUUUUGCACUUUUUCUGCCGCAGUGUCCUUGUGGUCUCCUUGUGCAGCAGAAACGGCUCUUCUCAUUGGCUUGUCCCCUGCCAAGGUGAAGGUCAGCGCAGUGUGUACUGUAGAUCUAGGAUUGAUGGGGUCUCAGUUGUUAACGCAUCUCCCUGCUGCGUUGCCAAGGUUACUGGAGCUGCCACCAUGGGAUCAGAUCACUGACCCGGUGAUAGACUGGCUGCUGGCCACACAUAGAACAUGCAAACACCACCUUCAUCAACAUUAUAAAACUUGUAUUCAAGCAUCUUUAUAUUCCUUGCGCCACACACCACAAUAUAAGAAGGCCACUGUUUGGACACAAGUGGUCAGUGUUGAGCCAUAGCAGUGACCAGAGAUUGGGAUACACAUAUAUUAGGACUGACAUACUAAUGUGGACAGGCAAUAGUGGACUGAUUUCAUGGCUCAUGAAAAAUUUGUUGAAAGUUGGAUUUCUAUUUGACAGAUCGACAGAUUUUUUCAGAAUGCAGUUUUCAACCAUAAUAUUAGUCUACUUUGGUCGAAGAUAAAUAGGUUGUCUAAUAGUCCAGUUGAACAUGAAAUGAUGUGUUUUAUAGCUUGGUUGAUAUCAGAAUUACAGCAGAGACUGACUUUAUUAACAGAUUUUCUGUGGUGUUUAUGCUAUGUGCUAAUAUCAUAAGUAAUUGUCAUGCCACAAUUACAAUUUGCUGCAGUUUCUUUAUCAUGUUAAUGUGAUGAUUAACUUGGUUAAAAUACAUACUUUAAUCAUGAUUCAAAUGCCGAUAUUUUUGCUUUUUCAUGAAAUAUCCUAUCUGGUCCAUAAUGGAUUAAAUGAAGUUUUGUCAUCAUCAUUAUUUAUCUUCUAUUAUAUUAAUUUUUUUCUUUGAACUGUAUGUGAUAAUGUGAAGGGCUUAAAAUUCAUGUUGCAAAUGGCACAAAUACGUAAGCUUUUUUUGUAAGAAAAUGUUAUGAAAAGUGAUUGUCACUUACUUAUUAUUUAUUAAUAUCAAGCCAAAAAGCUAGUGGUGGAAUUUUGUGAUGGUUCCAGAUUUAAAGAACAGUUAACUGAAUUUAGGUUGUCACCAAAAGACACUCAGGUUCAGUAAAAAGCAAACGUUGGUGUGCAUAUAAACUUUUCUGUACUCUACCUUCUCUGAGAACAAGUAUCGCGACAGUGAUAAAGACAAUACCGCAGAAAUUCAUUGCAAAUUUCAGAGAUCAUGGACCAUGUGUUGACUUACGUUUUCAUGAAGAAAUAGUGAUUCCCGCAACCAAUUUUGAUGGAUUUUUUUCUUCCACGGAAAGCCAUUUGUACAAAUCCGAACGAUUAUUAUUCAAUUGUGGAAUUAGUGUAAUUAAAUGAAAACUUGGUUGUUAGUGUAAGAGACUGUUACGUUGUGGCAUUUUACAUCUCCUUUCAAAUGAUUUAAUGAAAGGU